AUGAGCGAGCCAUCGAAGAAAUCGAAAGACCCGGUAGACCCCCUGCUGAAGCUGAAGGAAGAGAGAGAGAAAUUAAUUCAGUGGUCCCUCAAGUUAAAGAAUAAUAACUCGUCUUUCCUAACUUCUGAGAAGUUGGAUGCGGAAAGGAAGUACUCAAGUGAUGACUCCCUGGAGGUGGGAGGUGGCGAUGCCCGGGUUCGUAAGAGGGAAGUAACGAGGGGUAGGUGGAGCGCCAAUGCAGGUAGGGAAGCGGAGCAAUUCUCGGAUAGUGCGUCCUCGCACGAGGCUCAUGAUGGCGAAGAUGGUGCAGCUUUCGGAAACGAUGACCUCGGCUAUCAUGAUGCUGACUACCACAGCGCGAAUGGAAAUCACCGAGCGAACAAAGUCAAACUUAGCAUAGGGGGAAGCGUAUAUGACGCAAGCAGUUUCCAUGCUUUGGGGAGGGACAGCGUGUUUGGAGAGGAACACCCAACAAGGGAGAGACAUAAAAAUAUGCUGUCCAACUUGGGAAAAAGUAACAACAAAAGAAGCAGAACAGACACAUAUGGAGACGGAUCAAGUUAUGGACAAGCUAACCAAGAUGAGGAAUGCACAGUUGGACAAAAGUACGAAGAGAAUAACCACCGUGGGGAUAAACAUCGAAAUCACAAAUUUGAAGACCUCACCAGUGACGAAAGUUUGGAAGGUUCCUUUGGACCAAAGUCGUCCCACAUUAAAAUUAGCAAAAGGGUAAAUAAAGAAUACGAUAAUUUCUCACCCCGUGUACAUAUUAAGGAAAAUUUUUUAAAAAUUCCAGUCAGAGAAGAAGCAAAAGGCUCAGGGGUAGCUGCUCCCAAUGAGGUGCAAAAUAAAAAGAGCGAAGGGAACCACGAUAGUGAUAAGACGUUUCCGAAUAUGCACACUGCUAACCCGAAGAGGAGAAUAAAAUUAACGAGGAAGGUAAAAGCAAAGGAAGGAAAAAACAGCUCCAACUAUUUUUUAAAUGCAAGUGAUCUGAAGAUUGGUCCUAAAUUUUUGACUUCCGUGCAAUUUGAGAGGAACCACGCGGGUCACAAUUCGAGUUACAAUGAGGACUACAACGAGGACCUCAAUGCGGACCACACCACAAACAGACAUAACAGAAACCUUUCGCAUUACAAAUCAUCAAAGGAAAGCGUACAGACCUUCUUGCCGGCUGCAUCCCCAAUCCACGCGAGGGACAAUUUCUCCUCCACGACUCUGCAAUCUAAUAGUAAUGAAGACAUACCCAGCGGUGGUAAACCAAAUGGGGCCAAACUAAAAUAUAAGAAAUCCAAUAAACUAGCCACUCUGCUAGAAGAAAAGGUGAAUAUAUUGGAACACAAAAAAGAGUUGCUCAAUGACAAAAUUAAGGACCUACAUGAUAAUACAUACACUCUGAUGGGCGCACAAGAAAGGGAUAACCUAACCAUCCAGCACUACGAAUUAAUUAUAAAAAAUUUGGAGUCCAAAUAUAACAAACUUUUUAACAUGUAUCAGGAGCUGGACGAGCAUCGAAUUUCCUACGUGGAUGCUUAUCGUGAAAAACAGACAAAAAUUGAAAACCUCUGCGCAAUUAUGCAAAUAAAAAGUGAAGAGAGCUUAAAAUUAACAGAAGAAAUGAAACUUUUAAAAAAAAAAAAUGAAGAAAUACAGGGACAAAUUUAUGAGUAUAUAAAAGACAUAGAAGAUAAAGAAGUUGUGUUAAAUAAAAAGAAGGAAGAGUGUGUCAAUCUGAAAAAUGCUCUCGAAAAAGCCAACUCAGAAAAUGCCGACUUAACAUGCAAACUAAACGCGGUAACCACCCAGUUAGACCAAGCGGUCAAUCAAAAUAAAGUGUUGCAAGAAGAAAAUGAUAACAUAAAACAUAAGUACAGAACUAUGAGUAAAAGUGGAGAUACCACCAACAAUUUUUUCAUUCCCAAGAUAGAUAAUUUGGUAGAUAUUAUUAACAAACUGCUGGGAAUUUUUAAGUCCAAUGAGGAAAAUAUUUUAAAUUAUGCUGAUUUUUUUAAGGAAAACGCUUCCACCAUUGAGGAGAAGUUAGCAGACAAUGACAGCAUAUGUGACGAUGUCAUUCGUUUGCUAGACGUCAAUUUGGUCAACUCCUUGGUCGGUACCUUCAAGCAAAGAGAAAAGGAAUACGCUGAACAGAAAGAAAAAAUGGAAAUCAUUUUCGAUGACCAAAUUUUGAAAAUGUACGAAACGAACAUUAACAAUGUUGAAGUUGCCAAUAAAUACAUCGUCGAGUUAAAAAACAAGCUAAUGUCCGUCAUUUCGCAAAGAAAACAUUUGAAGAAAAAGGCUCUACUCCUGUCUACUGCACAGGGGAGAUUAAACGACAGACCAAUAAUUAAGGAGCUCAAAAAAAUGAGCGCCGGCACGCUCCUCCACAAGUGCAAAUAUCACUCCUUCACGCACAAGCCGGUACCCGUUUUCGUCAAAAUCAUGGACGGUCGCUUUAUCACCUGGACCAGGGAUGUUACGGGGAAAGCGGGCUUCAAGCGGAGCAAGCUCAUCGACAUCCAGGACGUUACCUCCAUAGAUUACGGACUAAAGAGCACACCCGUGUACUGGCUAAUCGAAAAGCACAACAAGAGGAGUCUCGAGAAAAACAAAAUAAAACCAAGCGAACUUUACAAUAACGCACAUGGAAUACACCCUUGUAAGUGCUUCACAUUGCGCACCCGAGAAAGGACGUAUGAUUUUUUCUCCGACGACGAAGAAGCGAUCGCCACGUGGGUUGUAGGACUCGGCGUGCUAUGCUACCAGUACAAUAAGUUCGAUAACAUACAGUCGCGAUCAGAAUUUGUUGUAAAGAAGGCUCAGCUCAAAUUGCAGCUGCACUGUAUUGAGCGAAACAUAAAUUACACUACUCUGUGGAAAGAGGCCAUCAAGCGCGCGCAGCAGCAGGUGCCGGAGUGA